AUGACGCUGCAGAGGAGACACGUGCACAGCAGGACUGCAAUUGUUCUGAUCUGGGUCCUGGUCUGGACCUCUCUCGGGCCUCCCUCCCCCGGCUGGGCGUCAGCCGUCAACCUGCGGUGCUUCAUCGGCUGUGCGGUUCGAGAGUUCACCUUUCUGGCCAAGAAGCCCGGCUGUGGAGGGCGGCACAUCACCACCGACGCCUGUUGGGGACGCUGUGAGACCUGGGAGAAGCCGGUCCUGGAGUCGCCCUUCAUCGAGUCCUACCAGAGGGUUUGUACCUACAACCUGACCCGUUUGGUCACUGUGAAACUGCCCAACUGUAAAGCCAGCGUUGACCCGACCUACACCUACCCUGUGGCCCUGAGGUGUUCCUGUGGCGUCUGCCUGACCAGCACCACCGAGUGCACAACAUCUGUCUGA